AUUUCUGCUCAAAAAAAAAAAGAAAAAUCAUGGCAUGCACUUUCACAAGUCUAAAACUUGAAGAUGUACGGCCUUCAUUCAAAUGUUCUUUUUUGAUGCCAGCAGGAAGCAAUGUUUCCGCGGGAUCUCUUACAGACCAAGAAGUGCUCCAAAGGCUUGGCAGGAAUGGAUGUCAUUCUCAACUGGUGAGCAGCAACGCUCAAACGACUCGGCUGCUGUUAGCUGUGGGAGAGGAGCGCGUGGAGAGCCGCAGAGUGUGCCAGAACAAAUAGCACUUUAGGAAAAUGAUUUUUCCUUUGUUCCCUGCCUUUGUCCCUGUGACUCGGGAGCGGGUUUCCAAGAGCAAACCCGGUGUUAUGGGGCACCGGACUGCCUGGCACCAGGACUUGCAUCUGCCUUGCACCGCCAUGAGCUGGCACAUGGGCACAUUGAUGGAUGCGGGGGUGAUAACUAUUCUCCCAACCAGGAUUGCUGGGUCAUGGCAGGGGACCCCAGCUCCCUCCUGGGCUGCGUGCCUGGCUGCAUCCCCACGCUCGGCGGAUCCGGCCAGCAAUUCCCACUCUGUUUCGGAGCAUCUGGCCUUGCUGCAAGGAUUAUUUUCCUUCAAGAAAUAAAUAAGUGCUUUGUAUCCUAAUGACCAUGGAAAAGGAGGAUGUGCCAGACUUUGGUCAAAGCACACUGAACCCCUUUCCCAGUUUCACACGUGCUAUCAUCUGUGGAGCUCGUGUGUGAGCCUACGUGUACAAGCACCUGCAAUGUUUUGCAGGCACGUUCAGAGGGUUAUUUGCGUGUGGCUUUGUUUUGGGGCUUUUUUCCCCUUUGUUUUUCCAAGGGAGGCCAGCAGGGACAAGAGAAAUACUGAAGACACCAGAUUAAUUUCUCCAUCAAUUUUAAGUGCUGGAUGUAAAAGAUCGUUUAAUGGCUGACGUGCAGUUAAAAGCCAGCACUGGGGAGAAGCGGGCGAGCUGCAGGAGCAGCCCUACUCGCCUGGGCCAGCACAGGCUUGUCGGAGCCACUGGCCGCCUUCCUCCCGCUGCAGCCAAAGCUCAUGGAAGCUCAUGCGCAGUGAGCCAGGGGCCGGGGCCACGAGUGAGUACACGCACAUGUGCACCCACAGACAUUGCUCCGCACAUCGUUGCGCCGGCAGCUCCCCACACCAGUGUAGGUACCCCCCUCGGGUGGUGUGGGGGGGGCUGCCAAGGCUGUGGGAUCCCUGGCAUGGUCCCAGGGGAAACAAUGUUGUCCUGGGCGCAGGGGCAGGGGUGUCAGGGCACGUUGGCGUGCCUGGAUUUUGAGCAGACUCCACUGCAUGUGAUGAUUUAUUCUGCUGUGCCUGAGUGGUGGCUGACCCACCAAGGUCCCGGGACCUUUUGGGGGACAUCCGUGUUCAGCCACUCGGUGCGCACAGGCCAGCACGUACUGCCUUCACAAAGCUCUUUGCGAAAGCCUCGCAGCUGGUUUUGCAGUUUGUUUGGUUUCAUGAAAGCCAGGCGGGAUUGCCCAGCUGGCUGUGCUGGGGCUGUUACGGCUGAGCAAGUCGGCACCCAUCAGCUGGGCCACGCCAGGACACUGCGUGCUCCUUUGUAGUCCAUCCCAGUGGUACAGUCAUCCCAAACAGCCCGGUUUGGUGGGUCCUUUCAGUAGGGGUGUUGUACUCAGGGUGAGUACAACCGAAUGCUACUUCCCAACAGCAAUUCGUGGCAUAAGAAACAUGAUAUUUCCCCUCUGCCUCCUUUAAUUCAUUGAUCAAAGAGAUCCUUCAUCAAUGGCUUAAAUUCACAGGUUGUUUGCAAACUUCUCCUUCUAGGAGAAGGUGUAAGACUUUGCCCACAAAGGUACUCGUGUGGGUUUUGUCUUUGGUUACCCCUGGGACCGCCAGUGGAAGCUGCAGUCCUGCCUUUAUUUAGUAGGGCUGGGGUAGGUUUGUAAACUGUCAAAGUUAAACUGGAAACACACCCCAAACCUAGGAAGACUGUAGAACACAAAGGCAUUUGUAAACUAAUGUAAUUACUUUCCUCAGUGCCUUUGAAUAAAGUUGGCUUCACUUUAAAGGCUUUUUCAUACCCUUGUUUUACAUUACAUUCUUUCUUUUCUCCUGGUUUCUUUCUUUUUUAAUUUCUAUCUUCCCCCUCUAUACCCUCCCCUUUUAGCUCCAAGGAGCUGUUAAUUUCCAAAAUGCGUAUCGGUUUUUGUUAGCAAACCUUGCUGUUUGGACAUUUUCCUUUUGAAGGUGAGAAUCACACCCUGGGAAGAUGGAUAUCUGCUGCACCAGUUUCUCCAGGCACACAGCCUGUCUAAGCGCCUGGGAGAUCUCCCCGGGGCAGGACAGGGCUUGCCCAGCACCCAGCGUGCUGGCCAGCCCGUCCCCGUGGCAUUGGGGCCUCGUGACAUUUUCUGAAGCCUUACUUUAACCCAGCCUGAUGUUUUCCAGAUUCCACCGGGCUUUCUCCCAUCCAGAUGUGAGCAGAGGUCACAGUGAAGAGGGGCAAGUGGGGAAACUGAGGUUGAAACUUAGCCCAGCCCCACACAUGGCUCUUGUGUGUUAAUGAUGCUUGUUAGGAUAAUGAUGGCCAGAGCAGAUCUGUUGCGAGGGGAAAUAGCAUUAUGUGGAGCUGCUGUGUUGUACGGCAGGAGUAUUUAAUAAUAAAACAGUUAAAGACACUGCACAAUUUAAAAGGGAAAUGUUAUCCAUGCUGGGUCAUUGCCCCACACUGUUUUCCUUAUCUGGGUGCAGCUCAUGUUGCAGAGCCUGUAAGGUCAGUGAGGAGCAGUCGGACGGUGCCUGGGGGGUCUGGAUCAGGCCCGUUGGCCACAACGGCCGUGCAAGGCUCCCUAGCUACAAAGGCUUGUGCGUGCUCCGAAACAGAGCUGGACAGAGGAGGAGUUAUUUUAACGGAAAACAGUGACCUUUUGUACAAAAGCAAAGUGCAGACUGAGCAGUUUUAGUUUUCCAGCAAGUUAACAUUUUCUGCAGGCCUUUUCCCUGAAAAUCCGGACUGAUCUGAGAAUUCCCCCACCCUUUCCUUUUUUAUUCUUCCUUAUUCUUGAUCAUCACGGCUGGCUGUGCCAGCCCAACUUCCAGCAGCUCACUCGUGGAGUCGGAAAUGCCAUCGGUAGCCAGCUGAGCACAGAGGCAGGGGACGCUGGUAGCCUGUGACCCCGUCCCUCCCGGGCUUGGCUCUCCCAUCCAGGGAGCUGCGCGCAUGCCGUGGGGAAUGGGUGAUGGAUGAGGGAGCGUAUUUGCACAACUCUGGGUUAACAUCAGCUCAGGCAAGGGGUGUCCUUCUGCUCUUUGUCUGCCCUCUGUCUGGACCUCUCGGGAUAGGAGUGAUGCCCCAGAUGAAAGGAUCACUGUGGCCCCCUGAUUCAGGUUUGUCCCCAGGGGGGAUGGUGGGUGCACAGGCAACGGCGGAGGAAGCCACCAGCAGGCCUAAGGAAAGGGUUUUCUCCCCACACGAUGUCCCGCAAGGCGCUGGGCAGCUGCUUCGGCUCCAUCCCCUCCAUGAGCACCCCUGCAGAAGGUCCCCUUGGCUGAUCCAGAUCCAAAGCAAACCCUUUAGGGUUAUUUCAGGCAGGAGAACACAGGUUAGAGCCUGUUGUAUUUAUUUUGUUUUGCUUUUCAAACCAAAUUGCCCAUCCCUGCCGAGCUAUGUUGCUGGUGUGAUGGGAGCCAGUUCCCGCAGACCUGCUGAGACUAAAUGGAAAACUUCCCAGCGGAAGCAGUAGCGGAGCUGGGCACGUACGUCCCACCGUGACGGGCUCUGGGAAGGCAGUGUCCAGGCUGCCAAAGGAAGAACUCACAUCCCUGCUUUUUGCCCAGGGUGAGCGUCUUACAGCUCAUUGCUUUAGGGACCAGAGCUGCCUGAUGGAAUUUGGCGGCUCUUCAAAAAAAAAAAAAAAAAAAAAAUUCAUUUCUGGUUUCCACCAACUUCAAGGACUCAGUGGGCAAACAAAAACUUGAUUGCAAGAAAAAAAAAAAAGCACAAACUAACCAACCUGAGUGCAGAGGAAAGUAAGCAGCCUGUCCGCACAUGGGGAAUUUGGCUGAGAGAAGUCAGCAGGCGCCGGUACCGGCCGGGAAGUCACCGCACGGCAGCACGGUAGCCUGCCAGCCCAGAGAGAGGUACGGCAACCGGGGCAUCGCCGGGAGAUUUUCAUCUGCAAGCUCUGCUAUGGACUGCAUGAACUCAGGGAGCUCAUUUAAUGUCAUUAUGCUGCAAAUACUCCUCUCCAGUGCGUAUAUUUGCUACCUCAUGUAGCAUGUCAUAAGAAUUUAAGUGUUUUUAUGUUCUUUGAUGUCUCUGGAUGAAGGAUGCUCUAUAAAUGCAAAGUGCAUCAGUACUACAGCUGCCUGCCCGAGGACAAGGUCCCCUACGUCAACAGCCCAGGAGAAAAAUCUCGCAUAAAGCAGCUUUUGCACCAGCUGCCGCCGCAUGACAAUGAGGUCCGCUAUUGCAAUUCAUUGGAUGAGGAGGAGAAGAGGGAGCUCAAACUCUUCAGCAACCAAAGGAAGAGAGAAAAUUUAGGGAGAGGCAAUGUCCGGCCAUUCCCUGUAACCAUGACGGGAGCCAUCUGCGAGCAGUGUGGUGGCCAGAUCAACGGAGGGGACAUGGCUGUGUUCGCCUCACGAGCAGGGCACGGCGUUUGCUGGCACCCUCCCUGCUUCAUCUGCAGCGUCUGCAAUGAGCUGCUGGUCGACCUGAUCUACUUCUACCAAGAUGGGAAGAUCUACUGCGGCAGGCACCACGCUGAGUGCCUCAAGCCCCGCUGCGCAGCGUGUGACGAGAUCAUUUUUGCCGACGAAUGCACCGAGGCCGAAGGGCGGCACUGGCACAUGAAGCAUUUCUGCUGCUUUGAAUGCGAGACGGUGCUGGGGGGCCAGCGGUACAUCAUGAAGGAUGGCAGGCCCUACUGCUGCAGCUGCUUCGAGUCCCUCUACGCCGAGUACUGCGACACCUGCGCCCAGCACAUCGGUAUCGACCAGGGCCAGAUGACGUACGACGGCCAGCACUGGCACGCCACCGAGACCUGCUUCUGCUGUGCCCAGUGCAAGAAGUCCCUGCUGGGACGGCCCUUCCUGCCCAAGCAGGGGCAGAUCUUCUGCUCCAGGGCCUGCAGCGUCGGCGACGACCCCAACGGCUCCGACUCCUCCGACUCGGCUUUCCAGAGCGCCCGAGCCAAGGAGUCCCGCCGCAGUGCCAAGAUCGGCAAGAACAAGGGGAAAGGCGAGGAGGGGGCACGCAGCCCGUGCAACCAGCUCCAAGUCACCUCCAACCGCCUCUCCACCGACGUGGACCCGCUGUCCCUGCAGAUGGAUUUGCUGAGCCUGGCCAGCCAGACGCCGAGCCUCAACAGGGAGCACUUGUGGAGGAGCCGGGACGAGCUCUAUCACUACGGGACCAAAAUGGAGCAAAGUCAAUCCCAAAGCCCUUUGCAGCUUCUCAGCCAGUGCAACAUAAGGACCUCCUAUAACCCCAGCCAGGUCCCGGGCUCGCAGCCGGAUUUAUGGGCGAAACAUUUCAGCAACCCAAAGAGGAGCUCCUCGCUGGCAAUGAAGAGCCACGGCGGCAGCUUCAUCCAGGACUGCAGAGAGGAUUACUACUCGGGGAGGCUUCGCUCACAGGAGAGCUACAGCGACAUGUCCAACCAGAGCUUCCCCGAGACCAGAGGAAGUCUUAAAGUCCCCAAGUACGAAGAGGAAGAGGAAGGCGGGAUGCCAACGCCACAGUGCCGCACCCGGCACCCCAUCAACGCCCUCAAGUUCACAGAAGACCUGACGCCCACCGAGCAGACUCCCCGCGGCUCCAUGGAGUCCCUCGCGCUCUCCAACGCAACAGGCCUCUCUGCAGAUGGUGGAGCCAAGCGCCAGGAGCAUCUCUCCAGGUUCUCGAUGCCUGACCUGAGCAAAGACUCGGGCAUGAACGUCUCGGAGAAGAUGAGCAACAUGGGGACUCUGAACUCCUCCGUGCAAUUUCGAAGCGCCGAGUCCGUCCGCAGCCUGCUGUCGGUGCAGCAGUACCAGGACAUGGAGCCGAACCUGCACAACCUCGCCAGCCCCCUCGCGUACCGAGAGCGGCCGUCGCAUGGGCGGAUGCACCAGAGCUUCGACUAUGGUAGCGGGGUGCCCGGGGGCAAGCUGGGGGCUCAGGAGGGCUCGAGGCAUGCCCCCAUGAGCGAGCGCACACGCCGGCGAACUAACCUCCGGGAUGAUGAUCGGCAUUACCGCCCGCACCGGCCCCGGCGGUCUCGACGUUCCCGGUCGGAUAACGCCCUGCACCUGGCCAGCGAGCAGUGCUGCCGGCUGAAGGAGAGACCCUCGCUCCGAGCCAGGGAAGACUACGACCAGUUCAUGCACCAGAGGAGCUGCAGAGAGGCGGUGGAGCAGGGUCCCCGCAGGGACAUCUACGGCCACUGUCCCCGGACGGUGUCGGAUCUCGCCUUGCAGAACCACUUGGGCGAGAGAUGGGGGCCCUACUUCGCCGAAUACGACUGGUGCUCGACCUGCUCCUCCUCUUCCGAGUCCGACAACGAGGGCUAUUUCCUCGGGGAGCCGAUUCCCCAACCCGCCCGGCUCCGGUACGUGACCAGCGAGGAGCUCCUGCACAAGUACGGCUCGUACAGCAUGCCCAAGUCUUCCACGCUGGGUGGCAGGGAACAGUUGCACAGCCGGAAAAGACAGAAGAGCAAAAACUGUAUCAUAUCCUAAUGGCAUCCUUGCUAGGCACCUUGGCAGAAUGUAAAUUCACUCACAAACUUGCACUGUUUAAGAUCAUGUAAGCGCUUUUAUUGUAACAAAAAAGACCUGAAGAGUAGGGCUAAGAAGGUUGUAGACUGGCUUCUAUAAAUAGUCAUAAUCCUGGGCACCGUUGAAUAUAUUUUGCACAUCUUACUUUGGAGAAAAAAAAAAAAUAAUGAAAAGUUCACUUUAACCUGUAAUAUUUACCCAGUAGUUUUCCCUGUUUCUCCCAAAUACUGCUACCCUUUCGAGUUCCGUUUGUCUGUAUGUUUUGGUUACCACUGUUGACUCUAAUCAUCAGUUUGCCGGUAGCUUUUGCUUUCCACCACAUUUUUGUUUUCCAUUAGCCAUGUUGGUAGGUAAUUUGUCUCUCGGACAGUGUGGGAGCCUAAGUUAUUUCCAUGAUUGUUGUAAAUGCAAUGUAAAUGAGAGUUUGGAGAAAAUAUUUUUGUAUUUUGUAAUAUCAGAGGAAUUUCUAUAUCUUAGAAGUCACUGGGAAAAAUGCAUGCACAUUCAGAAUUGUUUUCAGCCAGAGCUAACCAAACAGUACUUUGGACCCCCCUCCUUCCAUUUCAUCAUCAGAUUUCUUAGGUAUAUCAGUGAAAGUUUGAGUUGUCAUUUGUUUUGAGGGUUGGGGUUUUUUAACCCUUUUUUCUGAUCAUUUGUUUUGAUCCUGGUAAAUAAAGAGAACAUUUUCUGAUUCAUUAAAUCUUGAAGAGGCCUUGGUGGCAUUCUGAAGUCUGCUCAUGCCUGUGAUUUGCAGGUAUGCUCUAUCAAUCAGAUACAGGAAUCCUGACAGCUGCAAAAGGGACUUUUUUUUUUUAUUAUUAUUAGUAUUAUUAUUAUUAAAUAGGAAAGAACAGAACUACCAAAUGUCUGCAACGUUGUAAAUGACCAAAGCCGGAGAAGGAAUUUUACACCUCUGUAGAGAACGCUGAAGUUACUCAACAUUGAACUAUUAUUUGGAGUAAAUAAAAGUGUAAAUGGUGCAAUUGUGUGAUGUCAGCAUGACGUUGUUUUGAAUAUAGACUUGUCUUAUGGUGCUCUAGUCUCCUGGGUUAUGUUAACUGCUGUUCAUUACCAAGUGGAAGUCUCAAUAUUGCCUACUGCCUACCACAUAAGAGAACGACUGCAAACUGCUCCCCGUGGGCCUGAUCCUGCCCUGGCGAGACACCCUCGCCCCUCCGAGGCCGCUUGUGGCGGGGGGAGCUCGUGUCCCGGGUGGGCUCAGCCCCCUCCCGCGGAGCUAGGACAGCCCCACGGCAGCCUCGCCGUGGCAGAGUGUUCUAUAAAUAGGGCUCAGCUGUAUUGUAUUAUGGUGGAUGUGAGUUUGUUCUCUGUACGCUUUAAACCAUUGAGGUUCUGCCAUCGCGGUGCAUCCCGGCGGAUGCGCCGGAGGGUUGCAAGCCAGCGCUGGUUGUCCCCGUGCUUCCCGGGAAGAAGCAGGGUUACAAAAGGGGCUCUUGGCACCCCAAAGAUGCGGAUUAGCGCCUGAGGGUGUUAAGGCAAAGCUGGGAUUUGAGCUGCAGGAGGGCUGGGAGGCUUAACUGGCUGCAUCGCCCUCGCCCCACGCGCUGCCGGCAUCUCGGGGUGCCCCUGCACCUCCGCCAAGCCGGCCCCUGCCCUGCACCCCGAGGGGGAGGGUCCCGCUGAUGGGGACACCCCGUUGCCUACUCAAAGCAGCAGAUGCAGAAAAAUCUUGAAGAUGGAUGUCUCCAUACCACAGACUAUUGCUAGGAAUUUUUUUGUUGUUUGUAAAGGACAAUGUGAUAAUUAUUAUUCCUUUAAAAUGAAAAAGAAACAAAAAAAAAAAGAAAUUACACUUAAGUAUAUUUAAAAAAAAAAUAUGUUUUUUCCAGUUGGAAUAAAUGGAAGUAUUCAUCCAAA